AUGUCAACCGAUCAAUACGAGUACUCGCUCUUCCGCAUUGACAAAGAAAACGCAAUCCAGUCAUCAGCCCAAAAGUACAAACACCUGCGUCUCCAAGCCCUAUCCAUCGCACCGACGUCUUUUUCCUCUACCCACGAGCUCGAAUCUUCCCUCACAGACACCGAAUGGGUGAACCGCCUUUCAGCGAACGGACGAGAGACUUUCAUAUGCGCCGCGAAACCCACACAAAACAAUGAACCAUGCUCACAGAUCCCAGAGUGGGUCGGCCAGCUAACGCUGCGGGGCCCACUGAGCCCCGAAGACUUCAUCCUACCCGAGGAGUCCGGACAGAAGAAGCCCGCUGGAGAACAGGACACGGAACUCUGGCAGAUGCUCAGCUUAUUUACGCUUCCGGACCAUCGCGGCCGUCGUCUCGGGAAGAGGCUGUGUCAGGAGGCCUUGAAGUACCUCGCUUCGUAUAGGGACUCUCCGCGCGAGCUCUGGGUGCGGUUGAUGGUGAAGCCGGAGAACUAUGCGACGGUAAGCUUGUAUCGGGGGCUGGGGUUUGCGGAAGCGGGGAAGUGUACUCUUGCUGAGGCGUUGGUUGCGAAUGGUGAUGAGGAUCUGUUACCGGGAGAUACUAGUGGCGAGAAGUAUACUUCCCGCAGUGGAUUGAUUAUGAUGUUAGAGAUUUGGCGGUCGUGA